AUGCUACGUUAACAUUGGUAUAAAACGUCCCUAUAGUAACUUAUUAGACAUGAGUUCUGUGCUUGCAGUCAACCAGCAAAAUGAUGAAAAUUAUUGUUGUCCUCGCUGCCCUCGUGGCCAUCUCUGCUGCCAAGCCCCAAGUCCUGGCCCCAGUGGUAGCCGCCCCAGCGCCCAUUGUCACCGCCACCAGUUCACAAUACUACCACCGCAUCAACAACGGCCUGGCUGCGUACGUCGCGGCGCCCGCUGCUUACGUGGCCCCUGCCUCCCCGUAUGUUGCUGCCGCCGCCCCUGCUGCCCCAUACAUCGCCGCUGCCGCACCAUACCUUGCCGCCCCCGCCGCUGUCGCCUUGUAAACUGACCACAGAUUGAUAGCUACGUUGUGAUAUUAUGAAAUUAAUUAAAAAUCUCUAUUGCA